AUGCCCUGUACCCCUAUUCCAUACGAUGCUUUCGCGCAUGCUCCAUCCAACACCUAUAUCACGAUAGAGGGAAAGAGGAUACCGAUGGAAGCCCUGUGGGAUCGACAUGCCACCUCCAACACCGAAGACGACGGUCCCGAAGACGACGAUCUUGAAGAUGAUUCGGAGAGAAAAGCAGACGCUGCCGGCGAAACGCAGCCCGUUGAUUCUCGCCCCGCCAUAAUGGACGCCGAUGGACCAUACUUUGACCAAGCACCCGAAAAGCACGCCGUGAGCACCUCUUGCACCUGCAAAUUCGACCGAACCUGUGCCAGGUGCAUUCGCCUUGCCCAAUCCCGCCACGAAGACGAUGCACAUCCGCAGUGCAUCAGGGAGGAAAUGAAGAAGAAUGACGAACGAUUCAGGCGGAUUGGAGCGAACCUCUAUCCCGAUUACUCUCCGUACAUCAAACUAACCGCAGAAGCAAAACUCGUUCGACGAACGGAGGAAAAAGGAGGGCAGAGGUCGGGUCCGAGGGGUAAGGACUCGUAG